GGUGCCGUUACCACGGCAACCGCCACCGGCGUACAACGCGCAGACAUACGAAUGAUCGUUUUUCUCCAUGGCGGUAUAUUUUGAUCAAAAGAUCAAGCUUCAUGAUGAGACGCAAACGCCAUCUCAGAUAUCUUGGCACAACAUCAAUCCCGUGCUAGCUGUUACAUCUGUUGGCAAUGGAGGAAGCGUAGCGGUUUUUACCCAAGAGGGAGAGUGCUCAGGAGAUGUUAUUUCACGAGCCUAUUUGCCGACGGCUUUGGCCUGGCACCCAAGUAGACCGCUGCUUGCUGUGGGUUGGGAGACUGGAGAGGUCUUUGUGUAUAACGAGCUCGACAAAGAAACGCAAAAGGCUCAAGCACUGCACAGUACCGACAUCGCUCUGCUGCAAUGGAGCAGCAAUGGAACUCGCCUGAUUUCUGCAGACAGGGGUGGACUUGUCAUUUGUUGGAGAGUCGACCAGCGAGGGAAAUUUCAUGGAAAUAUUUUUUUCAAACUCGAGUUGGAAAAGGCUCUCUCGCAUUGUGUUUUCAGGCCAGGAAAAUCUGAAGAUGACUUGGCUCGGUUUGCUCGAGCAGCUGUAAACGGCGAUGAAAGUGCCUUGGACAUGUUCAACUGGAAUAAGUCGAACAAGCCUGGAUCAGCCGCCUCGAUCAAUUCUCAAGAAGGAAUUGCGUUUUUUCUCAGUUCAGCUGAUGGUUUGGUGUACUACAUCGAUGACAGUGGAAAUUACUCCCAAGUGUUAUCAUGCGAUGGCCCGAUAAGAAAAAUGAUGUUUGCAGAGGGAAAGGAUGUACUGGUUAUUAUUACAGAAUCACUUGUUCUUUCCCAGUACUGCGUGAACUCUGAUGGUUCUGUCCAAGAAAUAAUGAAGGUGAAGUUAAGUGGGAAAGCUGGGCAUUCAGCUGACAUAGUUUGGGCAGACCAUGGAUUGCUUGUUACAGCAACUGGAGAAAUUGUCAUAAGGUUGUGGGAUCUCGAGAGAGAUGAGAACUACGUGUUGGCGCUUGAUGAGGCAGUGGGAUUUGAGCCAGGGGAAACAAUCAACUGUGUAUCUUACUGUCCUUCGAAAGGCAUGCUUGCUGGUGGAACAAACAAAGGCCGAAUAUCUAUGUGGAAGAAAAUACAACCGGGAUCCCGUUUUUCAGAAAAUGUUGAAAGUUCAGACAAAUGGAAACUGCAAACCCCUACAGAACUGACAGGAAACCUCAUACAGAUUAAGUGGGGCUCAAGAAAAAACCUGUUGGCUGUGAAUGCUGUGCAGUAUGUGGCUAUCCUCAGUGAACAAGUCAUGUCCUCACACUUCAACCAGCAAGUAGCAGCUGUGCAGGUGGCCCCGACCCACCUCUCCAUCUACUUCUACUUGUCGUCAACCCCGCAUAGCCUGAAGACCGACUUUCACAUCCGGGGCAUUUACGUCACACAGGAUCUGAUAACUGUUUGGAAUGGAAGUCAGAUAACUAUUUAUCAACUUUCUGGAGCAAUCCUUCAGAAUACUGGAUCAUUCUUCUCAGAGUCGUCAGUUGUUGCUGUGGUUGAACAAAACGUUUAUACGCUGGAACCAAACAGGGUACAGGUUCGAACAUUACAGGGUACGGUCAAGCAACUGCUGCAGUUUAGCGAAGUGGAGGGAAACCCUGUAUUUUUAGACAUAUGUGGCAGCUUCCUGGCAGUUGGAACGGACACUGCACACAUUAAAGUGUACGACCUUUCUCGAAGGGAGGCUAAGCAGCAGUGUGGAGCUAAAAACCUGGCAGAUGUGAUUCCUGGCCUCACAACCGUCACAUCAGUGAAGGUUAAUUACACAGGGAGUCAUGUCAGCAUCAUGGUCAACAAGGCUGAUGGCGCGUUGGAUCCACGUAUUUACUUUUACGACGUGGAGAUGGACACUGUGCACCACUAUGACUUGAGUAAUGGUCGGUCUGACACAGAGAAUGAUGAAAUACUGCAGGAUGAAGAAGGGAGCCUUAACAGAAAGCGUUGUGAAGAUAAGUACAUGCUUGGGCGCUACCCUGUCAGCCAGUACUGGGAUCAGAUGGAACCAAGGUUAUUUGUGUGUGAGGCUGCAUUGCCUGCUGCAGUUUCUGGCCCAAAUAAUAAAGAUGCCAAUCUGGAACCAUUGCCAGAGGUAGUGGUAGUGACUCUGUUUUGUAGUCAGGAGCACGGCAUUCUCCUGCAAGACAGCUUUGCACGUGCUGAAGCUCACGAAGCUCUACUAGGUAUGCAGGUGCCUUACUACUACUUCACUCGAAAGGCUGGGAAAUCUGAAGAUGAUGUUGAGGAGGCAGAAGGCAGCCAAGCACCUUCUAAUCUGCCCAGAAUGGUUGCCUGCAGGCCGAUGCGCGACUUUGUGGGGCUGGAAGAAUGCGAUAAACAAACGCGUGAAGCCAUGCUCAACUUCAGCUACUACCUCACCACAGGGAACAUGGACGAGGCCUUCAAAUCCAUCAAACUUAUCAAAAGUGAGGUGGUCUGGGAAAACAUGGCACGUAUGUGCGUCAAGACACAAAGGCUUGACGUUGCCCGCGUGUGUUUGGGCAACAUGGGGCAUGCCAGGGGUGCAAAAGCCUUGCGCGAAGCACAAAAAGAGCCUGAACUGGAGGCACAAGUAGCUAUGCUGGCCCUCCAACUUGGCCUAAAGGAUGAAGCUGAACAACUGUAUAAAAGCUGCAAGCGAUAUGACCUCCUCAACCAGUUCUACCAGGCAACAGGGCAAUGGCAGAAAGCCGUGGAGACAGCAGAGACAAAUGACCGAGUCCACCUUCGUACCACAUACUUCAACAAGGCAAAAUAUCUCGAGGAAACAGGGGACUUUGAUGCGGCCAUCACAUACUAUGAGAAGUCUGAAACACAUAAGUUUGAAGUUCCCAGGAUGUUAUUUGAAGACCAACAUGCCUUGGAAAACUAUAUCAAUAAAAAUAAAGAUGCGAGCCUACUGAAAUGGUGGGCUCAAUAUCUGGAAAGUACUGGAGCAAUGGACGCAGCGCUUAAGGCUUACGAGUCUGCCCAUGACUAUCUGUCUUUAGUCCGGGUCUACUGCUUCCUAGGAAACACUCAGAAGGCAAGCGAAAUUGCAAGUGAGACCGGAAACAAAGCUGCGUCUUACCAUUUGGCGCGGCAGUACGAGGCCCAGGAUGACUUUAAACAAGCCAUUAAUUUUUAUACAAGAGCCCAAGCUUUCAACAACGCAAUUCGUCUUUGUAAGGAACACAAACUGGAUGACCAGUUGAUGAAUCUGGCAUUGCUCAGCACUCCUGAGGACAUGAUGGAUACUGCGCAGUAUUACGAGGAAAACGGCAAUCAAAUGGACCGUGCUGUGAUGCUUUACCAUAAGGCUGGUCACUUCUCAAAGGCACUGGAGCUGGCAUUUGCCACGCAACAGUUUGGUGCUUUGCAGCUGAUUGCAGAGGAGUUGGAUGAAAAGUCUGAUCCAGCUCUGCUGGCCCGAUGCUCCGACUUCUUUAUCCAACAUCAGCAUUACAGCAAGGCUGUUGAACUUUUAGUGGCAGCCAAGAAGUUCCACGAGGCACUGAAGUUGUGUCUACAACACGACUUGAUGAUUACUGAGGAACUUGCAGAGAAGAUGACUCUUCCCAAAGACUCCAAACAAUACCAGGAUGAUAUCCGGCGUGAAAUUCUGGAAAGCAUUGCUGACUGCUGCAUGCGGCAGGGCAAUUACCAUCUGGCAACUAAGAAAUACACACAAGCCGGAAACAAGAUCAAGGCGAUGAGGGCCUUGCUGAAAUCUGGGGACACGGAAAAAAUCAUCUUCUUUGCCGGUGUUUCUAAGCAGAAGGAAAUAUACAUAAUGGCAGCAAACUACUUACAGUCCCUAGACUGGCAGAAGGAUCCUGAGAUUAUGAAAAAUAUUAUCAGUUUUUACACAAAAGGAAGAGCCUUGGACCUACUGGCUGGAUUUUAUGAUGCUUGUGCACAGGUGGAAAUUGAUGAGUAUCAGAAUUAUGAAAAGGCCCUAGGAGCUCUGACUGAAGGAUACAAGUGCAUGAGUAAAGCCAAGGUGCGCAGCAGUGAAGAGCAACAAGAGAAGCUGUCCCUCAUUCAGAACAAAAUUAACUUGGUGAAAAAGUUUGUUCACGUUCGACGUGUGUAUCAGGAAGACGCACCGGAAGCCAUGAAAUUGUGCGAGGUGCUGGUUGAGGAGCCCGACUUGGAUCAGGCCGUGCGCUUGGGUGAUGUGUACGGCAUGAUGAUAGAGCACUACGCACGCCAAGAGAAUUACCAAACGGCGUACCGUCUGAUGGAAGCGCUGUCGAAGAAAUGCACGGGCGUGAGCCUGCAGUACUUUGUGAAUGCGCAGACGAUCGAACGAGUACACCGUGCCCUCGGCCGUCCCAUCAGACACUUGGCCGGCGCUCCCAAGCCCGACGAGGGCGAGGCAGAUGCCGUGGACGAGGAUGUGGAAGAUGAAAGUUGAACGCGGUGAAGUUUAAUGGCUGGCUACCACAUUUCUAUUAUUACACUUAUAUAUGUAGAUAGACUUCCCUUUGCUCCCCCAGAAACAUAUGUACGAUAGUACAGUAUUGUCAGCAAAAUAUGGGGUUGUGUGUAUGAAAACUAAUCACUGAAUAAAUUACUAUCUACGUCAUUUUAAUUAUUUACACCAUAAACGUAUUAAUCAAAGUUGCAGCCUCUUUGUUUUUGUGAAAUUAUCUUACGUAAGAAAAUGUGUAAUUUUAAAAUUAUUUUUGUAUGAUUUGUACAAUGGAUAUACAGAACAAAAUUACAUAAUGUUUAAAAAUUCACGUGUACAAACUUAGAUACUGUACAUGUGUAUGUUUAAACAUUAGUUGGAAGGUAUUGUACUCUGAUAUGCAAUGUAUUGACAAUCCUGUAACAGGUAAUCUUGGACCUGACACACAAUUAAAUCAUCCACUUACUGUGCAAAUAAAAAAUAUAAAUCUUCAUUUGUAGUUGCUGAAAUGUAAAUAAAAAAACCUAUACAAUUUUCUGUUGCGUUUUUCAAUACAAACUAAAAACAAUCGCAAUUAAAUAACAUAAAUUGUGCAUGAAUAACAGGACAACAUGGGUAACAGAACCCUUGUGCUAUUAUAACAACUCCCAUAAAUUAUUGGGGUUUUUUUAUCCUUCGCUAUGUUGCUGUUAACACAUUGACAUGUAGACAUCUGUCUCAUUGCAACCAUACGCUAUUUAUUAUUGGUGUUUAAUGAUUGACUAAACACAGCACAAGAUGUGCCGUUAAAUGCAGAAAUUAUGUUUCUCUGGAAUGGAUGUAAACUAAUGUUAUUGAUUGGCAUUUCUGUAUAUUAAAAGUUAAAAUAAAUAUGUCAAUGUAUUUUA